AUGAAUUAUCCAUCAUUCGUCAGAGCCUGGGUGGCCUUUUCCUUCAUAAUUGUACGACAGCAAGCUUGGUCGGUGACAGUUUUGUAUCCAUUCUGGCAGAAUGACACCAAAACCCCCAAGGUGGAUGACGGAAGCUCUCCGGAGAUCAAGCUGACAGUCCCGUUCAUCUUCUUCGGAAUCCCGUAUAGGGCCAUUUUUGUCAACAACAAUGGUGUCAUUUCCUUCAACGUGAUGGUCAGCCAGUUCACGCCAGAGGCCUUCCCCCUGACUGACGGGCGGGCUUUCAUUGCUCCCUUUUGGGCGGACGUCCACAAUGGGAUCCGGGGCGAAAUCUUUUACCGUGAGAGCCUGGAUCCUGCUUUCCUAGCCAAAGUCUCCAAAGAUAUCCGGAAGUAUUUCAAGAACAUGCCCUCAUUCUCAGCUGUGUCGGCUUUUGUGGCGACCUGGGAAGACGUCACUUUCUACGGAGGCAGCAGCACCACACCGGUGAACACCUUUCAAGCACUCCUGGUCACCGAUGGGAUCUCAACGUUUGCCAUGUUUAACUAUGAGGAAAUCAACUGGACCACUGGGACUGCAAGUGGAGGAGAUCCUCUAACUGGUCUUGGUGGUGUGAUGGCUCAGGCAGGCUUCAACGGUGGGAACAACACCAACUUUUUUAGCAUCCCUGGUUCCAGAAGCCCUGAUGUUGCCAACAUUGAAGAAACCACCAAUGUGAACUUGCCUGGCCGUUGGGUCUUUAAAAUAGAUGGGAGAGAAAUCGACCCAGCCUACGGGUGCAGCUUGAAAGGCCAUUUUCUCCGUCAAGGGGAGAUAUUUUGGGAGAACUCAAACUGCUCCGCCAAAUGCCGUUGCCUGGACUUCAACAACGAGAUCUUCUGCCAGGAGGCCCUCUGCAGCCCUUAUGAAAUCUGUGAGCCCAGGGACAGGUUCUACCUGUGUGCGCCGGUCGAAAGCAGCACUUGCGUGGUGUUUGGAGACCCGCAUUACCACACCUUCGACGGCUUCCUCUUCCACUUCCAGGGCUCUUGCUCCUACCUUCUUGCCAGGCAGUGCUGGCCAGGGUCCAACCUGCCUUUCUUCAGCGUGGAAGCCAAGAAUGAGAACCGAGGUGGUGGUUUGGUCUCCUGGCUGAAGGAUGUCUCUGUUGAGGUUUAUUCCCACAAGAUUAUCAUCCUCAAAGGCGGCUUUGGGAAAAUUAUGGUCGAUGACUUGAUCAUGUCUCUACCCGUCUUCCUGGAACUGGGAGCUAUCAAGAUCUACCAGAGCGGUUUGUCAACGGCGGUGGAAACGGACUUUGGGCUUUUGGUGACCUACGAUGGAGAGCACUAUGCUGCUAUUUCUGUCCCGGGCUCCUACAUCAACGCCACUUGCGGACUGUGCGGGAACUACAACAAGAAUCCUGAGGACGAUGCCCUGCGCUCGGAUGGGAAGCUGGCCACAUCGGUGCUGGAUUUAGGGGAGAGCUGGCGAGUCUAUCACCCUGACUGGAAGUGUUCCCCGGGCUGUGUCGACAAUUGUAGCCUUUGCGAUGCAGCCAUGGAGUCGCUCUACUUUGGCCCUGAGCACUGUGGCUUUAUCAACAAAACAGGGGGCCCUCUGUGGGAAUGCGGGGCCAUCGUGGACCCCACAGCAUUUGUCCACAGCUGUGUUUAUGACUUGUGCAGCAUCCGAGACAAUGGCACGGGAGGGCUCUGCCAGGCCAUCCAAGCGUACGCCUUAGUCUGCCAAGCCCUGGGGAUCCCCAUCGGAGACUGGAGAGUUCAAGCAGGAUGUGCUACCAUGGUCCAGUGUCCAGAGUUCAGCCACUACGCCGUGUGUGCCAGCAGCUGCCCAGCCACCUGUUCUGACCUCAUUGCCCCUUCGACCUGCACCUCGCCAUGCACCGAGGGCUGCGAAUGCAAUGACGGCUACGUUCUCAGCACGAACCAGUGCGUCCCGCUCCACCAGUGUGGCUGUGACGUGGACGGCCGCUAUUUCACCAUCGGGGAGGCGUUCUGGGCCUCUCUGGACUGCACGCUCCAGUGCUGGUGCGAGGAGGGAGGCGAGGUCAACUGCCUGAAUGCCACCUGCCAAGAAGGCGAAGUCUGUGCCGUGGAAAAUGGCUACCAGGGCUGCUAUCCCAAGCGAGAAACCGUCUGCCACGUCACUCAGGAUCGCGUGCAGCAGACGUUUGACGGGGCUACGUUCCCUUAUCCCCCGGAGAAUUCCUACACCCUGCUCAAAACCUGCCCAGACAGACCCAGCUUCCUGGAAAUCGACAUUAGCAAAAAGAAGCCCGAAUCCAGUCCGGACGGGCUACGAGGCCUGAGGAUACAGGUUGCCCGCCAGGAGGUCAAGAUAGGAGGCAUCGACAACUCUGAAAUCAAGGUGAAUGGAUACGAAACAGAGCUGCCCUAUUUCCACCCUUCCGGCCAACUGGAAAUCUACCAGAGCAAAAAUGGGACGGUUGUUGAAUCGGAAGGACUCAUCCAUAUUGAAUACUUGGACUCAGGGCUGCUGGAAAUACGCCUUUCCACACUCUACUUCAACUGCACCGGGGGCCUCUGUGGCUUUUUCAAUGGGAAUAUUACUGAUGAGUUCUGCUUCCUCAAUGGGAAAUGCACAGACAACCUGGCCGUUUUCCUGGACAGCUGGACGACCUUCAACGAGAUCUGCAAUGGGGAGUGUGGUGACCUGCUCAAGGCUUGCAACAACGACUCGGAGCUCCUGAAGGACUACCGGAGCCGUGCUAAAUGCGGCAUCAUCAAUGACCCCACCAACAGCUCCUUCCUGGAGUGCCAUUCGGUGGUGAAUGUCUCUGCCUACUACCGGACCUGCCUCUUCCGCUUGUGCCAGAGUGGAGGAAACCAAUCCGAGCUCUGUGACUCAGUGGCUCGCUACGCCAGCGCCUGUAAGAAUGCAGAGGUGGAGGUUGGCCAGUGGAGGAGUUUCAACUUUUGCCCUCUCACGUGCCCUGAGAACAGCCACUUUGAAGAGUGCCUGACCUGCACAGAGACCUGUGAGAGCCUGGGGACGGGGCCUGUGUGCGUGGACAGCUGCGUGGAAGGCUGCCAGUGCGACGAGGGCUUUGCCCUGAGAGGUACCCAUUGCAUCCCCAAAAGCGAAUGUGGCUGCAGCUUCGAGGGCCACCAGCUCUUCACCAACCAAUCCUUCUGGAUGGACAUCGACUGCCAGUACUUCUGCUACUGCAACGGCUCCGACAACAGUGUACGCUGCGAGAACGUUCCCUGCAAGGAGGACGAGUAUUGCCUGGAAGAGAGCGGCCUCUACUACUGCCAGGCCCGCACCGACGCCUCCUGCGUCAUCUCUGGCUACAGCCAUUACUUGACCUUUGACGGGUUUGCCUUCGACUUCCAGAGCAGUUGCCCCCUGGUCCUUUGCACGACCGUCUCUCGUCAAAGGUCUGAAAGGACAGACGCAGUCCCGGAGUUUACGGUCACUGCCAAGAAUGAGGACCGGGACCCUUCCUUGGCUUUAUGGGUGAAGCAGGUGGAGCUGGAGGUCUUCAAUUACAACAUCAUCAUCUACCGGGCCUACAAACACACAGUGCUGAUUAACAACGAGCGCCUUUACCUACCCUUGAAGCUGGGCCAAGGGAAAGUGAACAUCUUUGCCUUUGGUUUCCACAUUGUUGUGGAGACGGACUUUGGCCUGAAGGUGGUGUACGACUGGAAGACCUUCCUCUCUGUCACUGUUCCACGCAGCCUCCAGAACACCACGUAUGGCCUCUGCGGGCAAUAUAACGGCAACCCUGACGAUGACCUCCAGACCUCCAGCGGCCUCAUGGUCCCCAGCGUUAAUGAAUUUGGCCACAGUUGGGUCAAGCGGGACCCCUUUUGCCAGGUGGGCUGUGGUGACCGCUGCCCAGCCUGCCGCAAGGUAGAAGGUUUCUGGAAGCCCCAGCAACUCUGCAGCCUGAUUCCCAGCAAGAGCGGCGUCUUCUCCAGGUGCCACAGUAAGGUCAACCCCGGCUUCUUUUACAAGAAUUGCUUGUUCGACACCUGCAUUGACGGAGGAGCAGUGCAAACGGCCUGCAGCUGGCUCCAGAAUUACGCCAGCACCUGCCAGACCCAGGGGAUUGCCGUCACGGGCUGGAGGAAUCUCACCUCAUGCUCGGUCAGCUGCCCUCCCAACAGCCACUACGAGAGUUGCGUGAGUGUGUGCCAGCCCCGCUGCGCGGCCAUCCGGCUGAAAAGUGACUGCAACCACUACUGCGUCGAGGGGUGCCAGUGCGACCCGGGCUACGUGCUGAAUGGGAAGAGUUGCAUCCUUCCUCACAACUGCGGCUGCUACUUGGAUGGCAAAUACUAUGAGCCCAAGCAGCUCUUCUGGAACAGCGACUGCACCCGCCGUUGCCGUUGCUUUCGCCGCAACCUCAUCCAGUGCGACCCACGGCAAUGCAAGUCAGAUGAGGAGUGUGCCCUCCGGAACGGGGUCCAAGGCUGCUUCAGCAUGAAGAGCUCCUAUUGCAUUGCGGCAGGCGGAGGGGUCUUCCGUACCUUCGAUGGCGCCUUUCUCCGCUUCCCUGCCAACUGUGCUUUCGUCCUCUCCACCAUCUGCCAGAAACUCCCUGAUGUCUCCUUCCAGCUCAUCAUCAAUUUUGAUAAGUGGUCUUCCCCCAAUCUGACUGUCAUCUCACCUGUGUACUUCUAUAUUAACGAGGAGCAGAUUCUGAUUAGUGACCGUAAUACCGUCAAGGUGAACGGGACACAAGUGAACGUGCCUUUCGUGACAGGCCUGUCCACCAAAAUCUACAGCAUGGAGGGUUUCCUGGUCAUUGACACAAGCCCUGACAUCCAGAUCCACUACAACGGCUUCAACGUCAUCAAAAUCAGCAUCAGUGAGCGCUUGCAAAAUAAAGUCUGUGGCCUUUGCGGGAAUUUCAACGGGGACCGCACGGACGACUACGUCACCCUGCGAGGGAAGCCAGUGGUGAGCAGCGUGUUCCUGGCCCAGAGCUGGAAAACCAACGGCAUGCAGAAGAGGCCUCUGAAGUUUUGUGCUUCCAGCUGCAACGAGCUCCAGUACUCUCAGUACGCUGCUGCCUGUGACAACGUGCAGAUCCAGAUCCUGCAGAGCGACAACUACUGCAUGAAGCUGACCGACAUGAAAGGCUUCUUCCAGCCCUGCUACGGCCUGCUGGACCCACUGCCCUUCUACGAAUCGUGUUUCCUGGACGGCUGCUACAACCAGAAGAAGUACCAGCUCUGCGGCUCGCUGGCCGCCUACGGGGAGGCCUGUCGCUCCUUCGGGAUCCUCAGCACGGAGUGGAUCGAGAAGGAAAAUUGCUCAGGAGUGGUUGAAGAUCCCUGUGUGGGGGCUGAUUGUCCCAACAGAACUUGUGAGGUGGACAACGGAGGGGAGCUGUGUGGCUGCAUUGAACCCCCGCCCUACGGAAACAACACGCAUGACAUCUUGGACGCAGAGGUGACCUGCAAAGCGGCUCAGAUGGAGGUGUCCAUCUCAAAAUGCAAGCUGUUCCAGCUGGGCUUUGAAAGGGAAGGGGUGCGCAUCAAUGACCGCCAGUGUCUUGGCAUUGAGGGUGAAGAUUUCAUUUCCUUCCAGAUUAACAACACCAAGGGCAACUGUGGAAACAUAGUGCAGUCCAACAGCACCCACAUUAUGUACAAAAACACUGUCUGGAUUGAGAGCGCAAACAACACGGGUAACAUCAUUACACGUGACCGAACCAUCAAUGUUGAAUUCUCCUGUGCUUAUGAGCUUGACAUAAAAAUUUCUUUGGAUUCCGUCAUAAAGCCAAUGCUCAGUGUGAUUAAUUUGACCGUGCCUACUCAAGAAGGCAGUUUCACCACCAAGAUGGCACUGUACAAGAACUCCUCAUACAAGCAUCCCUACCGGCAAGGAGAAGUGGUCUUGACCACCCGUGAUGUGCUGUAUGUUGGCGUCUUUGUCCUUGGGGCAGAUUCCACACAUCUCAUCCUGAUGCUGAACAAAUGUUAUGCGACACCUUCUCGAGACAGCAAUGACAAACUUAGAUACUUCAUCAUUGAAGAAGGCUGCCAGAAUCUAAAGGACAACACCAUCGGGAUUGAGGAGAAUGGGGUUUCACUGACCUGCCGUUUCCAUGUCACUGUCUUCAAGUUCAUUGGGGAUUACGAUGAGGUUCAUCUCCACUGUGCCGUCUCACUCUGUGAUGCAGAAAAAAACUCAUGCAAAAUAAACUGUCCGCAGAAUACCAGGAGGGCCCGCGAUUAUACCAAAGAUCUAAAUGAGCAGAUCAUCUCCGUGGGGCCAAUCAGGAGAAAGCGCCUAGACUGGUGUGAAGACAAUGGCGGCUGUGAGCAGAUAUGCACAAGCCAGGUGGAUGGGCCACUAUGCAGCUGCGUAACUGGGACGUUGCAGGAAGAUGGCAAAAGCUGCCGAGCAACCAGCUCUUCAACUGGACUUCACAUUGGACUGUUUUUGCUCAUUGUUACCCAGCUAUCAUUAUGGUGUAUUCUCUAUAAAUCAAACCCGACCUCAUAAUUAAUCCAUUGCUUCCAUUUAAAGUACUGUAAUUUACUUUAACCCUUCCAAGUCCCUGUAGGAUAAACGCAUGCAACCCUAAAUUUGCGACCCACGCUGUUGUCAAUCACCACCAUCUAAGAUGACAAACUUUUUGACUGUUGCUGCACUGGAGUCACUGACCUUUUUCAGUGGUCUUAAUUCUAUGGAAAGUGUAGCAGCCAAAGCUGGAAGAAUUUAACAGGGCACCAAACUCUUCUAAACCAUCAGGGAUGCGGCCAACAUAAUGCAUAGAAAAUAGUUGAUUGCGUUUCUUCCCUUCUACCUGGUCUUCCUUUUUAGAACAAUUUCCAUUCCUUCUUGAUGCUUACAUUUCGGGGGAAAUUUUAUUAUUUGACCUUGCAGGAGAAAGAGGAAAAUAAGGGGUGAGGGGCUGUAGGUAGUAAGGCUCUGGUGCCUUGAACUUUGAGCAUUGUUGCUUGUACCUUCCUGCCUUGAAGGCCUUUCAACUUUGGGGAUUAGAUCUGUCUCUAGCCAUGCUUUCCUUCUAUAGGUUUGUGGUGAGUCUUGCAUGUACAAGAGAAAAUAACCAUUGUAAAGUCCAUAGGAUGGCCAGUUUUCAGAGGGCUAAUGGGAUUGGUAGACAGGAGAGAUCAGAUGGCACUUGGAAAUUUUCUCAGAGUGUUUGAACCUAUCACAAUGGUUUCAUGUGAACAAGCACUUCAGUUUGGGGGGUUGGGGCAGUCUGCUUCCUCUUGAAUGCUCAAGUAGAUUUGAAGUUACAUAUUGGCCUGACUAAAACACAACAAACCAUGGUUUGUUGUUACAAGAUGAGCCAGCACAACCCUCCCCUCUCCUCCGCUUUUUUGUGUGUGGUAAGAGAUUUCAAAGCGUUUUGUGGUUUAACAAAUUACAAUUUGAUUUGUCGAAACACAAAAAAUGAGUUUGUUCAAGCCACUACAGUUUAAAACAAACUGCAAAUGAAAACUUUCAAUCUUGUGGGCGAAGAAGAUGGGAGAGCAUCAGAGCCUUGGAUCUAAUCUAACUCAUCCCUUUUGCAACCAUGGUUAUUUCUUUUAGCAACCAUGGUUUGUUGUGACAUCUGAACCAGGCCAAUGGGAGCUAUGUCUGGUUGCCUGGCAUCCUCCUAUUUUGGAAGCCCUGGUUGGAUUUGGACUUCUAGAAAUGCAUCCUGGUAAUCUUGACUAUAGGCAAAUAUUCAUCAUGAGAAAUGCCUCUGGUGUCACCCUAUUGCAAUGUGGAUUGAAAGCAAUAUGGGCAUAUCCACACUAUAGGCUUAAAUGGCUUUAUCAGUCAUUCCCGCUUCCCAGGGAGACCUGGGGGAAGUACUUCUGUGAGGGAAAUGGGCUAGGGGUCUCUGAGAAUUCUUAGCACCUCACUGAACUACCAUUUCCCAGGAAACUUUGGGGUAAGCCACGGCAUUUAAGAUGGCUAGUGCCAAUAUAGGAUUCCAGUGCUGACAGGUCCUAUGUUUCUGCCCAAGAAGCUACUGUCCCCUAUGCUCACAUGCUGCCUUUGAACUCCAUAAAUAGCUCCAUAUUCACAUGGGAGCUUUGGACUGCUGGGAUGUCUCUUCCCCUCCCUCCCUCCCCCCACCUGCCUUUGAUCUGUGCUUUGUGAGCCCUCUGUCUCCUUUUAUUAUACAUUCAGCCAAAUAAUUUAAACAUGGUUUAUUCUUAAAUAAAACUUUGUGUUCAAAUAUU